AUGUUUCGAUCUAAUUCACUACAACGGCUCUCAAGGAUUGUCAUUCCUUCUGCCUCUUAUGAUAUAGCAGACAAUGCAGCGGAGACAGGCUUUAUAAAAGUUAUUAUUUUAAAAAUCCGUAUCGUAUUUCCUGUGCUCUUUUUCAGUUGGCGAAUGAAUAAGCAUAUUCACCUUUUCCAGAUCGAAGAUGGAUAUUUCGUCCACUUCUUUGCGCCCAUCGACCUUCAGUUUACCCCAAAGCACAUCACCUUUUUGAUCGACACUUCUCAGUCCAUGCUUGGCCACAAACUUGUUCAGGUGAAAGAUGCCUUACGCCACAUCCUGACUGACCUCAACGCGGGAGACACCUUCAACAUCAUCCACUUCUCUUCGGCCUCCUACAAGCUGGGAACGAUGCGCUACACGGGGACAGCAGUUCGAAAAGCCAAGAAGUUCAUCAACAGCCUUCACGCCAGGGGAGGGACGAACAUCAACGACGGACUCAGGGUUCGUUUGUGUUUCGGAUUCGGUGUUGGACGCUGCUGUUGUUGUUGUUGCUAUUUUACUGUUUCUUUUAUGUGUCUAAUCAUUUCCUCUGUUUCUUUACUCAUAGCUUCAGAGGCCGUGCCUCUAGAGCUCGACUUUUGUUCUGAUAAUACAACCGAACCGAAGAAUAUGAGCCUGUCCCUUAUCCCUCCUUCGAAUUUGGUAUCCAAGCUCAGUACCAUGAGAGUAUCCUUGGACACUUCUUGGGGGCCGAUAUAA